GCACUGACAAACGGCCACACAGUGGUUGAGGAAAAAUCAUGAGAGGAAAAGCGCCGUGCAAACAGUUAGAAAGUGCGCAAUCGGACAGCGGAAGUGCGAAAAAGAACGGUCAAUGAGACUGCACCUGCAGUUGGCGAACUAAAAAGCAAUAGCUCGCGAGCUGCUAAUUAAAUUAUAAAACAUACAGAACACAGAAGCGUUAAAGACGGGCCCAACCAAGCCCACAAUCCCCGCUUGUUGGCCUAUUUUGCUGAAAAGAGAGAAGGAAACCGAUAGAACUGCUGAAUAGAAGCUUUCACCAAAUCUAGUUUUCCUGCUUGGACUCUCGCCCAGGAGCUCACUAUGUAGACUCAACCCACGACGUCAUCAUCAUCAACAGGGGAAAUCACAGAGCGAAAGAGCGAAAAUGUCUUUUAUCACCAACCUAAAGAAGGUCUUCCACCUCGGCGGGGGUGAGGCCAAGAAGAAGCGCUUAUACAACAAUAUUAAAAUGGACACGGAUCCAGCGGAAUUCUGGGAUAUGGUCGGAGAGCUGGGCGACGGCGCCUUUGGAAAGGUCUACAAGGCCCAGCACAAGGAGCAGAAUCGCUACGCGGCAGCCAAGAUGUGUCAGUUGGAAGACGAGGAGAACCUCAGCGACCACAUGGUCGAGAUAGACAUUCUCUCGGAGAUCAAGCACCCUAAUGUGGUGGAGCUAUAUGAGGCAUUCUCCAUCGAUGAUAAGCUGUGGAUGCUUAUCGAGUACUGCGACGGCGGAGCCUUGGAUAGCAUUAUGGUGGAGCUGGAAAAGCCAUUGACUGAGCCACAGAUUGCCUAUGUUUGCAAGCACAUGACCGAAGGUCUCACCUUCCUUCACCGAAACAAAGUCAUACAUCGCGAUUUGAAGGCAGGAAACGUUUUGCUUACAAUGGAAGGUGGCGUAAAAUUGGCGGACUUUGGAGUAUCGGCGAAGAACAAACACACCAUGCAGAAGCACGACACCUUUAUUGGUACUCCCUACUGGAUGGCCCCCGAGCUGGUGCUCUGUGAAACGUUCCGGGAUAACCCGUACGAUCACAAAGUGGACAUCUGGUCACUGGGCAUUACGCUCAUCGAGCUGGCCCAAAUGGAGCCGCCUAACAGUGAAAUGUCGCCCAUGAGAGUGCUGCUCAAGAUCCAAAAAAGCGAGCCACCAAAGCUCGAUCAACCUUCUAGGUGGAGCAAGGAGUUUAACGACUUCCUCAAAAAGUCCUUAGUCAAGGAUCCCCAAGUAAGGCCCACAACGGAUGUGCUGAUGCAGCAUGGCUUCAUCAACAGAAAUCUGGAUGCCAAGCCCAUUAAGGAUCUGCUGCUUGAGUACAAGGCUGAAGUCGUAGAGGAGGUGGUGGAUGAUGAGACCGAGGAACCCCGCAACUCGGCGCUCCAGCUCGACCUGGACGAUGACUCUGCUUCAUUGCAGAGCCAAGACAUUGACAAACUUCCAGGUACACCUACAUCCAUUUUGCGGGAUGCCAAAGAGCAGUCCCAACCAAGUAGCAGUUUACCAAUCGCAGCAGCGGCCACUGCAGCAGCAGCUACAACCACAACUAAAGCAACCACUCCGGACAGAACAAACCACACAAAGGAUGACAAUGCCGAAGCGGCAGCCCAGCAGCUGCCGCAUACCAAAGUGCCUGCUCCAGCGCCGCCGUCGACCCAACAAACGCCACCACCGCAAGUCCAGCAGCCUCCUACACCACCAGCCCCAACAACACCGGCCUUGCUGCAAAAGAAACCUGAAGAUGUGGCAGCUGUUACCGAAGCAGUUGAAAAAACUGAAUCCGACAAGAAGCACUUUGUCAAAAAGGAGAAAGGCAAAGCCCCGCCCCCGCCGUCACCAUUGGGCCUUGCAAAUGCUAAGCCGGCUUCCAUUGAUUCCCAGACCUCUCCCAAAAGUCUGGCCACACCCGAACCUGCCUCGCCUGUCACCACGGCCAUUGAGGUGGCCAUUGGCCAAGAGGCAAUGGAACCUAAACCGCAGCCUCCUUCGCCCACAGCUUCUUCCAUUGUGUCUGUGCAAUCGGUUGCCUCCUCCAGCUCAUCGAGCAGCGUUUCAAAUGCUGUCCUCAGUUCGAGCACUUCCCUCAUUACAAUCAACAGCGAUCCACCCACACCGCAGCAUCAUCAGCCGCUUCCACCGCAGCCCCAGCAUUUGGUUCUCCCGAAUAGCUUGGAGUCCGUGAGUCAAAUUACUGUGGUGACAAGCACCCAUCCGCCGGUGAUAAUCGAUAAUUCGAUGGUGCCGCCUCAAAACGAAGUGAUCAUUGUUUCUAACGAUCUAAACAAGAGCACUCAUCUGCAUGAGUCUUCCACGGACGACGACUUCCCUUCGCUGGACGACAGUUUGGGCGAUGCCAGCACUCCACCCCACAAGCAAUCCUCCAUGAUAUUGGCUGUUAAUGACCCAUCAGGAGUGAUCCCUGCUCCUCCUCCGCAGCCGCAAACUUCUUCCGCUGUUCAUGCCCGCAAGCUGGACGAAAGUGAGGUGUUGAUUGUGAGUCCUUCCUACGCGGAUGAUGACUCUGCUUACAACACGGCAUCUGGCAGUCAUAGUCACGAUCACAGCGAUCAUCUGAUGGACACCAGCCACGUGUCAGUGGUUACAGUGGGCGAUGAGGGGGUUAAGGUGAAAGACAGUAGCAAUGAGCUGGGCAAGCGACAGCCCAACGGAGUUGGCAUUGUGCCCGAAGACGUGAACAUCAUUGUGAACCGAUUCAAGCACGAGAAGCGAUCGCCAGACAGCUCGCUGAGCGAGAAUGGCUCGGUUCGCGGACGUCGGGGUAUUGAGGUGCUGGUUGGCGGCAGCGGAGGAUCCGACGUGGAUAGCAUUGGCACCAACACUAGUCAAGACAGCCGACACGAGACGGAUCACAAUAACAAGCAACCACAGCAGCCUUCAGCGGCCGUGCUUAUGCCUCCGCCUCCUCCGUCGGUGACGAAUCACCACAACCAUGAGACAAUCGAUGAGGAGGAGGAGGUGGUGAUUCGGCCCAAGGCGAGGGUUCCGCCCGUGGUCAAGUCUGUAAAUGCUCAAGGUCUCACCAAAGAGGAGAUUGAGCUGCGCAAUCUGCGCAAGAAGACACGCAAGCGCACACGCAAAUUCGAGAUCGAUGGCGUGCAAAUGACCACUACCACGAGUCGUGUGAUCUACGGCGACGAUGAAAAUGGACGAAUCUAUGAUGACCACGACUUCCGCAAGCAAGAGCUGCGUGAACUGAAGAUGCUUCAAAAGCAAGAAAAGAAACAGCAGACAGAACUGUACGUGAAGGAGCAACAGGCCAAGGAGCAGCAGGAUCGCCGUUUUGAGCAAGAGCGAUCCUCCCUGGAGAAGACCUACGAGGCAGACAUGGACAUGUUGGCGCGGCAGCACAAGCAAUUGGUAGAAAAGACAGAGCAAACUCAGGAGAAUGAACUGCGCUCCUCGUCCAAGCGCAUUCGAUCCGAGCAAGAGCAGGAGUUAAAGAUCUUCCGCGAGAAUCUCAAGCAGGAGAUUCGGUUGCUCAAGCAGGAGGUGGACCUGUUCCCCAAGGACAAGCGUAAGGAUGAGUUCAAGCAGCGCCGCUCUGCGAUGGAACUGGAUCACGAGGAAAAGGAGCGUGCUUUCCUGGACUCCUUAAAAGAAAGGCAUGAGCUUCUAUUAAGGCGACUUAGCGAGAAGCAUCGUGACCACCUUGCCACCAUUAACCGAAACUUCCUGCAGCAGAAGCAGAAUGCGAUGAGAACGCGAGAGGCACUUCUGUGGGAGUUAGAGGAGAAGCAGCUUCACGAACGCCACCAGCUGUCCAAGCGGCAUGUUAAGGAACUCUGUUUCAUGCAGCGCCACCAAAUGAUCAUUCGACACGAGAAGGAACUUGAUCAGGUGAAGCGCAUGCUGCAGCGCAAGGAGGAAGACAUGGUUAAAAAGCAGACGAUGGAAAAGAGAGCACUGCCAAAGCGAAUCCGAGCAGAGCGCAAAGCACGAGACCUUAUGUUCCGUGAAUCUCUACGUAUUUCCAUACACCUUGAUCCAGAAAUCGAACGCGAUCGCUUGAAGAAGUUCCAGGAGCAAGAGAAGAAGCGCUAUAUGCAGGAGGAGCGAAGAUUCGAGGUUAAGCAUCAAAAGCAAUUGGAAGAGCUACGCGCCACCCGCGAAAGCGCCAUAAAAGAGCUGGAGCAACUUCAGAACGAGAAGCGACGGGCUCUGGUAGAGCACGAACAGUCCAAGCUGUCGGAGAUCGAUGAGCGACUAAAGGGGGAGCUGCGCGAGUGGCGCGAACAGUUGGUGCCCCGCAAACAGCAACUGAACCAACUGAUCAAGCUGGCCAUUGACCAGCAUGAAAAACGCUUUGGCCUGGUGGCUAACCGGGAGGAGUUUGAGGACCUGGAGGUAGAACUGCCCGUGCGCCUGCGCAACAUCUACAACGAGCGAAAUUCGCGCAUGCUGCCUCGCAACACUUUCAUUGAUCCCCAGCAUGUGCCGCGCUCGCGCUCCUCUCUCCUGAUGAUGGGCGGCGGUGGCAGCCGGCUGUCGAACUUCCGUGGAUCCGCUCCAGAUCUUAGCCAAAGUGUCCCCAGUACUCCCAUCCUACACAAACAACAGCGAUCGCAGAUGAUCAGCGAUCUGGUGCUGGAGGAAGACGAGGAGCAGAUGCUGAGUGAACAGAUGAAGCGGGCAAGUGUCACCACGCUGCCGGCACAAAACCAAUUGCGACUGAUUACAAAACUCCCUGCUAAUGAGCUGGUUAAGGUGGUGACCACUACUCCACCUCUGAACAGCGCAGAGGACACGAAUGCUAAGCCAACCAUGAGCACUUUCAGGAGCAGUACUUCGCCCAAAACACCAGAUGAUUUUGGCUUGGUUACUAACCGCUUCAGCCGCUUGGAUGCCAAUGCAGCGGCAGAGGCCAGCAGCGUGGAGCUGCGCAUUCACGAGGGACCAGUGCUGACGGCUCACACGCAACGCCUACUGCACACCACCUCAUUUGCGAUUAAGCGUCCCUCGUUGGCCAGUCGGAGCAGCGGCCGAUCCUCACUGAGCAGUGCCCAGUCGAUGUACAACAUAAACGAGCUGUCCACGCGGUACACCACCGAUGCAGACCUUAUAUUUGACUCCGGACGCAAGGCAGCCGCACUGUUGGACGAGGUACAGCCCGAGCUGAGGUCCUCCGUUAAACCGGGACACAGUCGCCUUAAUGGAAGCGUGGCAUCGGCGGACUCGGUCCCGACUUCCGAAGAUUUCUAUUACGAUCUGUAUGCGGCCAAGUACAGAUUGCCAAGGCAACUACAGCAGCGGCUGCAACAAGAGGUUAGUCCUUUAAUCUAUCCCCAGUGUGCUUCCCAACUUUACGAUAUAGGCCAAGGCGGAUAUCGGAUAGUAACGGAAGGCACUCGCCUGGAGGAGACCUUCGCACAGCAGCUGGACGAAAUGGAGACCCUGUACGGCGGGGCCCUGAUUGUGUCCAUGCCCUCGGACACACUGCAGCGAGAUCACUUCACCGGCUCGACACGCAGCAGCCUGAGUUCGUAUUCCGAGGGCUGACGGCCAACAUAACGACAAAGUAAUGCCCGGGGACGGGAAGCCAGCCUGUCGAACCGGCAAACAAAGGAACUGCAGCGGCAGCAGCUAUGACAGCUAUGCAGAACGUAACAAAACAAUUGUCAGCCAUCCAUUAAGGCUUCCGCCAGAGAUUGAGCGCCCCUGCCUUUGCUUAUAUAUAGAGAGUAUAUAUUUUAGAUGGACAUGUAUGUAUGUAAGUCGUGCCAAGCAGCGCGUCGGGUCAAGCUUAAGUUUUUUGUGUCGUAAAAACGUAUUGCAUAAGUUUAAUUUUAUUGUCUUUCAGUGUAUGUUAGCCUAUUGUUCUAUUAUUAUUAAUGUUCAUGUACAUGUCUAUCGAUCUGUCGAAGAAUCCAAUGAGUUAAAAUACCAUAUGUACUAAU